AUGCAAGUCAUCAUGGUUGUUCGGCUACGUGCUGUAUAUCAGGGAUCCAGAAAGGUUAUGAUAUUUCUCAUUGUUACCUUCCUGGCUGUCAACAUCUUCUACUGCGUUUUCGCCGUAAUAGCAACGAGGUAUUUGUCAGGGGAGGAGCUCAUUCUUUCUUGCACCUAUCGGUGCAAUGUCGUCUUUGAGGGGGGAGAGAGUACACUUCUGUAUACCGUGACUUGGAUACUCACUACCGCAUGGGAGGUUGUCGCAGUGUGUCUUACAGCCUGGAUUGCUGUAAAACACUUUCGUGAACUGCGACAGCAUUCGGCAAAUGAUCUCGUCGAGGACGGUUUAGCGGUAUUAAUGAAAUCCCAUGUGGCUUACUUUGCAAGUUUUGUUGCUGCUUCUUGCCUUGAGCUUGGUUAUUUGUCUCCUGCGUUCUCAACGCCGGACCCAAGUUCCCUAGGACCUCCGAUUUAUGCUGGCGUUGCCAGUCUUUUUUCGCUCAUGCAAUUAUUUGUGCUGGGACCACGCCUGAUCCUUUGCAUUCGAGAACAUUACGCUCGAGUCGAGGCUGACUCCUAUGCAGCAACAGGCAUGAGUUCAAUUGCUUUCCAGGAGCGUGUGCAUGUGCAAACUAGUAAUAGUGUGUAGCACGAGAUGUGCUCAAUUUGAUCAAAAGAUGUGAAGAACUCUGCGAGCAGGAGAAUUCGUUUUUAUUUUCUCGUCGUGGUACUUAUUUUAAUUGAGAUAUUUCCAACUACUUACUAGGGCAUUAUAUUGUUGAGACGGGC